AUGGCUCUAUCUCGCCCACAUCCACCAGCAUUAUCCACAGUUGCAAUAAUUUUCACUGUGGCUUUCAUCUGUUUCCUCACAGUUCUACAUCAUCACAGUUCAGUGAUGGGUUUGGAGGAAAGCAAGAAGGUGAUAGGGUCGAGGCCUCCGGCUUGUGUGAACAAGUGCAAAAAAUGUAGGCCUUGCAUGGCAACUCUGGUGGUUCCUCGUCAUCAAAGAACUAAAAAGAAGGGUUUCAGUCUGCAAGUGGUGCCUCCUGGGGACGAUGACCCUUAUUACCUCCUCUCUUGGAAAUGCACAUGCGGCCAUAAGCUCUUUCAGCCAUGA